CACGUGACCAAUGUUUGUCAUAAGCCGGGCCAUAACAAUUACUACUGCUUGACGUAGACGCUAUUCCGAACGCAAACAAUGCAUAGUCAGAAGUUAGUGGGAACCCUGACCUAAGCCUUAUCACUGGCAGUUGCAUUCCUUGGCAGUAGCGUUCGGUUGUUUGUUGACAUUAGUCAGCACGCGGAGAUGGCGUGGUUUGUAUUUCGAAUAGUGUUCUCGGCGAGCUUAACAUUUGUAUUAGCAGAUGGGCAAAUUGUCUCCAACAAAUACGAUCCUACAUGGCACAGCCUAGAUACUAGGCCGCUACCUAACUGGUAUGACGAUGCGAAAUUUGGAAUAUUCAUUCACUGGGGCGUGUUUUCUGUUCCCAGUUUUGGAUCAGAAUGGUUCUGGAGAGAUUGGCGAGAGUCCAACAGCAGCAGUUAUGCAGAAUAUAUGAGAGACAAUUAUAGGCCUGGUUUCACUUACCAAGAUUUUGCUCCUGACUUUAAAGCCGAGUUUUAUAACCCUGAUGACUGGGCAGAAAUCUUUAAAAAUUCUGGAGCUAAGUAUAUUGUUCUUACAAGCAAGCACCAUGAGGGAUAUACACUCUGGCCCUCGAAAUAUUCAUUCAGCUGGAAUGCUAUGGAUGUGGGGCCACAUAGAGAUCUUCUUGGUGAUCUUGCUACUGCUAUUCGUAAGAAAGGUGGAAUGGUGUUUGGCGUGUAUCAUUCCCUGUUUGAAUGGUAUAAUCCUAUGUACCUGAAAGACAAGUCUUCAGGAUUCAAGACUCAAGACUUUGUCAAACAGAAAACCAUCCCAGAGCUGUACGAGCUGGUACAAAACUACAAGCCUGAAGUUAUAUGGUCAGAUGGGGACUGGGAAGCAGGUGAUACGUAUUGGACUUCACGGGAUUUUCUUGCCUGGUUGUAUAAUGAGAGUCCUGUCAAGGAUACUGUUGUUGUAAAUGACCGUUGGGGGAAAGGUGUUACAUGCAAGCAUGGAGAUUUUUAUACAUGUUCAGACCGCUAUGAUCCUGGAGUUCUGCAGCCUCACAAAUGGGAGAACUGCAUGACUAUUGAUAGAAAUUCAUGGGGAUAUAGACGCAAUGCACGACUGAAGGACUAUUUAACAACACAUGAACUAAUCGAGGAACUUGCAAGAACUGUUAGUUGUGGUGGUAAUCUGCUUUUGAAUGUUGGUCCAUCAAAGGAUGGAAUGAUUCCAACUAUAUUUGAGGAAAGAUUAACUGACAUAGGCAAAUGGCUUAAUGUAAAUGGGGAAGCUAUUUAUUCUACUAAGCCAUGGAGUGUACAAAAUGACACUCUUACUUCAGGUGUUUGGUAUACCCAGAGUGGUGAUAACUCAGUUCAAAAGUCAGUUUAUGGUAUAAUUUUGAAAUGGCCUAAAUCAGGAGCCAUUACAUUGGGUGCACCUAAAUUCAAGAAUACCUCAAUUGUCACUAUGCUUGGUAUAGGGAAGCCUCUACAGUGGAAUGCCUCAGGAAAGAAGGUGGUUAUUACUUUACCAAAUAAAUCACAAGUUCCAACGAACUGGGCAUGGGUACUGAAGUUUUCAGAUCUUGCAGACUCAGUGAGUUCAUGGAAUGCUACAACAUCAGAAUGAAGGUUUCUGAUGGCUAGAUAGCACAGUGAAUAUAUAUAUAUAAGUAUAGGAAAUCAUGUGAAUGUAUAUUUGACUAAGAACUGAUUAUAUGUGAAUCUCAUUGCAAUGAACCAU